CAUUCCAUUGCCAGCAAGCAUUAUUUCUGUUCUGGACCCUGGAGUCCAGUCCACAGCCCGUUCCUAUCCACCGCUUUGCUUUGAUUCAUCGUUACUCACUGGGAUUUUCAUUUCACACGUUUUCAGCAUUUGUUUACAUUUUAGCUUUGAAUAGUGGUUUGCACGAAAGUCAAUACCGCUACAGAAGAAUCGGACUAAAGAUCACUGACUGGAGCCGAUCAGGAUGUCCUUACCUCUCUACCAGAAACAGCACAAGCACUAUGACCGCGGGUACCGCAGCACGGAGGUGCAGUCUGCGCUCAGCCAAUACCACCUGGAGGAAAAAAGCAGCACUGAAUCCCACAGCAAAGGAUCGAGAGCUGCCCUCUAUUCAGAUGAGGUGCUGGUGGAGAGCUCCUCCAAACUGAGCCCACGACCCAAGAGACCAAGACCGACCUACACUGCUCUGGAUCAUGAGAUCAUCGGCUAUGUGGUGCCAGUGUUCAGAGGCCGUCGAGAAUAUGUUAGUGGAAUAACAGAUACAGAAGAGGAGAGGAUCAAAGAGACGGCAGGAUACCUGGCUAGAAGGAACCUUUUCUCUUCCGGUGAAGGUGUCACGGCUAUCAGCAGAUCCACGGAGGACACUGUACGGGAAGAGAUGUUUGAGAAGAAGUCUAGAAAGACUGCAAUGCGAGAAUCAGCCGAGCGCAUUAACUUAAACAAGAAGAUCCAUGAGACCGUGGAAUUUCAUAGGAAGCAGAAUGAGGACAGUCUAUUGCAUGCUCCUGAGUUUGUCAUUAAGCCCCGGUCCCACACUGUCUGGGAGAAACAGAACGUCAAACUGCACUGCACCGUCACUGGCUGGCCUGAGCCCCGCGUAACCUGGUACAAAAACAAUGUCCCUAUUGAUGUCCAUGCUUACCCUGGCAAGUAUAAAAUAGAGAGCAAGUACAGCGUGCAUUCACUGGAGAUCAACAGAUGUGACUUUGAAGACACAGCGCAGUAUCGUGCUUCUGCCAUGAACAUCAAAGGGGAACUCUCGGCCCUUUCCUCAGUUGUGGUGAAGAGGUAUAAAGGGGAGAUUGAUACUUCUUCUUUUAGCACUGUUUCAGAGCCUUUAUCAUAUGGCCUUUCAACCAGUGAUUAUGGCACAAAGUUUGAUAUCCACAUUGUCGAGAAAUUUGCUGUGUCAUUUGGUAGAGAGGGGGAGACCAUGAGCUUGGGCUGCACUGUGAUUGUCUACCCCAAUAUGAAACGCAUACAGCCGGAGAUCCAGUGGUACAGAGAUGGUGUUCUUCUCCAGCCUUCUAAAUGGAUGCAGAUGCACUGGAGUGGGGAGCGUGCCACACUGACCCUUACUCACCUCAACAAGGAGGACGAGGGCCUCUAUACCAUGCGCGUGGUCACCAAAUCAGGCUAUGAAACCUACAGCGCUUACGUGUUUGUUAGAGAUGCUGAGGCCGAGGUUGCUGGGGCUCCUGCUGCUCCCCUGGAUGUAGAGUGCCUGGAUGCCAACAAGGACUAUGUCAUUGUCACCUGGAAACAGCCUGCUGUAAAUGGAGGCAGCCCCAUCCUAGGAUACUUUGUGGACAGGUGUGAGGUGGGCACCACUCACUGGAGCCAGUGCAAUGACACCCCAGUCAAGUUUGCUCGUUUCCCUGUCACCGGCCUGGUGGAGGGCCGCUCCUAUAUCUUCCGUGUCCGGGCUGUAAAUAAAAAUGGAAUAAGCAGACCAUCCAGAGUAUCCAAUCCCAUCGCUGCAAUGGACCCUGCUGACAAGGCAAGAAUGAAAGGUCAUCCAUCUGCCCCAUGGACAGGGCAGAUUAUUGUAACUGAGGAGGAGCCUGCAGAGGGAGUGGUGCCUGGGAAACCCUGUCAACUGGCAGUUACUGAAGCCACCAAGAGCUAUGUUGUCCUGAGCUGGAAACCCCCUGGCCAGAGAGGCCAUGAGGGCAUCAUGUACUACGUGGAAAAGUGUGUCGCAGGCACUGAUAGCUGGCAGAGAGUGAACACAGAGAUCCCAGUGAAGUCUCCCCGCUUUGCUCUCUUUGACCUGGCGGAGGGCAAGUCCUACUGCUUCCGCGUGCGCUGCUGUAACUCUGCCGGAGUGGGAGAGCCAUCUGAGCCAACCGAGGCUACCGUCGUGGGAGACAAACUCGAUAUCCCCAAGCCACCCGGCCAUGUUUUGCCAACUAGGAACACUGAUACAUGUGUGGUCCUGACCUGGGCGGAAUCCAAGGAUGCAAAGGAUCUGGUUGGGUACUACAUCGAAGCUACCGUUGUGGGCUCGGGAGUCUGGGAGCCCUGCAACAACAAGCCAGUAAAGGGCACCAGGUUUUUCUGCCAUGGACUUUCAACUGGUCAGACGUACGUCUUCAGAGUCAGUGCUGUGAACGCAGCUGGGCUCAGUGAAUUUUCACAGGAAUCUGAGGCUAUUGAGGUCAAGGCAGCAAUUGGGGGAGGUGUUCCUCAUGGUGUGUGUCCUGAAACAAGUGGUAAAACUGGUGAACUAACUGAGCGCUCGUCACGCUGGGAAGGCAAGCAUGAGGCCUCUCAGCCUGCUCCCGACACUUUGCUAAAGCGUGAUGCUCAGGUUAACAGGGACAUGCCGCCCAUUAGCUCUGAGUCUUUAGCUCCAAGUCCCAAAGUAAGUAAGGACAACGAGGCAAUCAAGGGCAGUCUGCCAGCUGCACCCAUUGCCUCAAAGAAAGUAGAUGUUGAGCAGACAAGUAAGUCUGAGCUAGAAGGUUCGUCCAAGAAGGAAAAAAUGAAGCAGUGGAAAGAUUCAGCUUCCCCUGCCCCACCCUAUGGAAUCAGUGUUCUUGAAACCGUUCGCAACUCCAUGGUGCUUGGAUGGAAACAGCCCAAAUUCAUUGGCGGGGCUGAGAUUACUGGGUACUUUGUGGACUACCGUGAAGUGAUCGACGGCGUGGUGGGGAAGUGGCACGAGGCCCACAUAAAGCCAGUCAGCGAAAGGGCAUACAGGGUAAAUGACCUGAAGGAGAAUAUGACCUACCAGUUCCAGGUGCGUGCUGCUAACAUAGCUGGAGUUGGAAUACCAUCCCUUCCAAGCACAUCCUUCAAGUGUGAGGAAUGGACCAUUGCAGUGCCAGGACCUCCUUAUGACCUCAGGUGCACUGAAGUGAGGAAAGACUCUCUGGUGCUGCUCUGGAAUCCCCCUGUAUAUUCCGGCCGCAGCGAGGUCAAUGGGUUCUACCUAGACAUCAAAGAGGCAGAGGCGGAUGAAAGUCAAUGGAGGUCUGUCAAUGAGAAGGCAACACAAAAGAAAUACAUGAAGAUUAAACACCUGAAGGAAGGCAAUACCUAUGUCUUCCGUGUGCGAGCACAGAACAAAGCAGGUGUUGGAAAACCCUCAGAUGAGACAGAGCCUGUCCUUGCUGAGACUCGCCCAGGAACCAAGGAGGUGGUUGUGGAUGUUGAUGAUGAUGGUGUGAUUUCAUUGAUCUAUGAGUGCUCUGAGAUGACUGCAGAUUCUAAAUUUGUCUGGUCCAAGAAUUAUGAAGAAGUCUCAGAUUCGUCCCGUCUUGCUAUGGAGACCAAAGGUGGCAGGUCAAGAGCUGUCUUCAAAGACCCAGCAAUUGAAGAUGUGGGCAUUUACUCAUGUGUUGUCACAGAAACAGAUGGGGUAUCUGCUAGCUAUACCUUAGAUGAAGACGAGCUGAAACGUCUGCUAGAAAUGAGCCACGAUCAUAAAUUCCCCACUGUCCCUCUCAAAUCAGAUCUGGCUGUUGAACUUCUGGAGAAGGGACGCGUUCGCUUUUGGCUGCAAGCAGAAAAGCUCUCUGCCAAUGCUAAAAGUAACUUUGUCUUCAAUGAUACAGAUGUGAUCCAUGGAGAGAAGUAUAAAAUGAGUGUUGACAAAAACACUGGUAUUAUUGAAAUGAUAAUGGAAAAAUUGGAAGAUGAAGAUGAAGGCACUUUCACCUUCCAGCUAAAGGAUGGGAAAGCAGCCAAUCAGUCCAGCUUGGUUCUGAUUGGGGAUGUGUUCAAGAAGCUACAGAAGGAAUCAGAAUUCCAGAGGCAGGAAUGGUUCAGAAAACAAGGUCCUCACUUUGUGGAGUAUCUUGGCUGGGAAGUUACUCCAAAAUGCGAUGUUUUGCUGAAAUGCAAGGUGGCUAAUAUUCUGAAGGAGACCACAAUUAUCUGGUACAAGGAUGAGAGAGAGAUAAUGUUUGAUGACAAGCACGACUUCAAGGAGGGAGUGUGCACUCUGCUGAUUUCACAGAUUUCGAAGAAAGAUGCUGGUAUUUAUGAAGUUAUACUGAGGGAUGACAGGGGAAAGGAUAAGAGUUUAUUGAAAUUGGUUGACCAAGGUUUCACUGAUGUAAUGAACGGCGUAUUCAAAGUCAUUGCUGAGUCUGCCACAGAGUUGAAGAUCCAGAGCACAGAAGAAGGAAUCAGACUGUAUUCCUUUGUCACUUAUUACAAUGAGGAACUCCGAGUCAGCUGGCAUCAUAAAGAAUCAAAGAUUUCUUACACAGAGAGAGUUAAGUGUGGUGUCACUGGCGAGCAGCUAUGGUUACAGAUUAAUGAGCCCACUGAGAAAGAUAAGGGCAAAUACGCAAUGGAAAUCUUUGAUGGUAAAGGUGGACUCCAGAAAGCAGUGGAUGUGUCUGGACAAGCAUUUGAAGACGCUUAUGCAGAAUUCCAGAGGCUUAAGCAAGCUGCAAUUGCGGAAAGAAACCGUGCUCGAGUGGUUGGUGGUCUGCCUGAUGUGGUCACAAUCCAGGAGGGCAAGUCCCUUAACCUUACCUGCAACGUCUGGGGUGAUCCUGUUCCUGAGGUCACAUGGCUGAAGAAUGAGCGGGAGAUGGUGGGAGAUGACCACUGCAUCCUGAAAUUUGCAUCGGGAAAAUUCGCCAGCUUCACUAUUACCUCUGUCAGCUCGGUAGACUCCGGAAAAUACAGCAUUCUGGUGAAAAACAAGUAUGGAACUGAGACCGGUGACUUCACUGUAAGUGUGUUCACACCAGAUGGUGAAGAGGAGAAAGCUGCUCCCGAGGCUAAGAAGGAAGCAAGAAAAAAAUAAGUCUAGAGAAAGAGUAGCGAGUAGUCAAGUAUAAUACAAAACAUAAUUGUGUGUACCUUUUCUUUUUUCUUUUUUGCCUCUGCAGGCUAAGAAUCAGUGUUAUCUAAUGCUUUCACUCACCAGGGGCUGUAUUUAUAAAGCAAAAGCAUGUUGGUAGAUGUAUUGGACUAGCGUGCAAUGCACUUGCCUUCUUGCUAAUGCUUUAGAAAAACUGCUCAAUCAUGUCCCUGCAAUCUCAGGUGGUCUGAGAAUGACAACUCGUUCUUUAAUCCGAAUCCCAUAGCUUAAAUAGGUAAAAUUGUGCUUUUGGUUAAAAAUGGCAAUUCAUGUCAUCUCAUUGCUAAAUGUUAUUUCAACACCUGAAAUCUGUUUUAAUAUUCAGUGGAUUCACGGGCCUGAUCAUAAACAUGUUGUGGGUUGUUAGGCCCGGCAAUGCUUAGCUUGGUGUGACUAAAACACUGCCACUAGUGAAGGCAAGGAAUUAUUAUGCCUGCCGGUAUUCAGUUGAAGGUGAGUGAAAGUUUGAACGAUUUCAAGGUGGAAGACAAGCUAUGUUUUGUGCUGUAGUUUUACAUUUUAUCAGACUCUGUUAAGUUAAACAUGUAUUGAGUGAAUUAGAAAUUUACAAUGUAGGCAAUUUGAGUUCAUGUAGAGUUGGUGUUAACCAGUCAUUAUGUUGUAUGUGCUCCAGUUAAUUUACAAUCACCUCAACACCGAAAAACAUAAUAAUAAUAACAUUGCCAUUGUAUUAGGAGCCACCUUUAAAUUGACUAAUAAAUGGUGCACAUGUCCUUCAUCGCUACCACCA